UCAUGAGGCGGAGUACACCAGCAUUCACCAGCUAUUGCACACCUAUAUGGCUUCCACAGGCAGAGCUUUCUCAAGAGCUGUUGAACUUUGGUGGAACACUCAACGCUGUGGGUGCUCGCUACAUAAAAUACCCGUUGUUUGCAGGUCACGCCUUCUUCACCAGCCACCAUCAUCAACAGCUUGUCGGCACCCGAUUCUCAAAAUCGGAUAUAGACAUCAGAGGAUGCACAUCUUCGAGAACUUCGCCCUGUAAUAUAUAGCGAAAGUUCAUGGGCUGUACCCAAAUUUCUUCCCCGUACCCCGACAACGGAAUGAGCGUCGCUGCUGUGUUUGGCGUGGAAUGGAUCCUUCAAGGCCUCAGUCGUUUGGGCAACGAAUUGCGCAAACUCGAAACAGUUUUCCGUCGAAAAUUGGGUCCAACAGUCUCCUGCGACAUAUGCAGCGAGUCUAUCUGGUUAGGUGAAGCUAUUUUGUGCUCAGACAAUGCCCAUAACUACUGCAUGGAUUGCUUAACGCGUACCAUCGAGGGAAUGCUUCUCGGUGAUUUAGCUCUCAAGUACGACGAAUCAACCACGAAGCCACUUUGCUGUUUUUGUACUCAUGGAUUUGCAUCGACACUCCCAAUGCCAUCUCCACUGUUGGAAAGACGAUGGGAUCAACGUAUUAUUUCCUCUGAAUUGCGAAAUCUCGGACUUCCUUUACUCAAAUGUGUCCAUUGCGGGUACAUGGUCAUCGACGGCGAAGAAGAGACAAAUAACAACAAUGCGCCAGAACCUCCAGAACCUCCACCAGAAACACUCUCCUCCUCACUCUGUCGUCGUUUUCUCUCAUUCAUUGGCGUGGAAUCUAACGAAACGGAAGGACCCCCACCACGACAGUUCUUCUGCCCACAAUGUAACUGGACGACCUGCUUAGGAUGCUCAGUAACGAUGCAGCACGUUCCUGCUGGCGUUGAUUCCCAUCGUUGUAAAACCGAGGAUCUUCGACUGGCCAUUGAAAGGGCCGUCUCCGAUCGCCUCGUGUACACCUGCCCUCGACCCAGCUGCGGUCAUACCCUUCUGAAAGACGGAGGGUGCAACCACUGCACGUGUGUGUGUGGGUAUGAAUACUGUCACCUUUGCCAUGGAAAUCUAGGUGAUGAUAGGCAGCUAUGGAAGGACCACUAUUGUUGUCAUUUUACAGACGAUCCGUCGGCAAGGGGGGGCGUGAAGAAUGGGAAAUGUAUCCUUUGUGGAAAAUGUCGACUAUAUGAAGAUCGCAAUGACGAAGAGAUACAGAGAAGUAUAGAGGAAAGAGUCACAAACGAGUGGAAGCGAAAGCAGUUAUGGGACAAUGUCAGAGGUUGGUUUGGGUUCGCAUGAUAUUUUUCUACGCUUCUACGCUUCUUCGGGAAUCUAUGUUGUAUUUUAGUGCUACGAAUUGCUCUGCUUGGCCAAUGAACUAUAUACAGUAUGGAUAGGUCGGUUCCUGAGGGGGGCUCGAGGGAAAUGAAGAAAACCAGUAUAAAACCCAUUAAGGCCUCAAUAAUACGAGUGUCAACG